AUGGAGGAGACCUUCGCUACCGAUAAGGCUGCGGUCAACGUCUUUGAAGACUACCAAAAGCACAAUGCUGGCCUCCAAAUCUCUAGCGAGACCGCCAUCGUAUCUUCCCUUCGGGGCCGUUAUCCAGACUGGACCGUGACGGUCACGCCUGGUCACACAGGCCUUCUUGCCUUUGCUCGAGCUGGACAGGCCAAGGCAGAACUAGACACCAAGACCGAGUCAUUGUCAGCAUGGCGUCUGCAUGUUCCACCUAGCCAGCGUAUCUCUCAGGAGGAGGGCAAAAUGACGGACAAGGUCCACUUUGGAAAAUAUGACUAUGAGUGGAAGAGCGAGGUCUUCAUCGUGUAUACGGCUACUUUCCAACAAGGCUUUUUACAAAUCAAGAACAACUACGUCUUACACAAGCGUGACCAUGGGCUUAUUGAUGGACGUUGCAAGGCUACCGAUGAGCUUAUUGCUGCAGCUACGAAGUGGAACAACAACGUCCAUGACGAGGUGCUGGUGUUCGAUCAAGAGCGCUGGACCAAGAACAAAGAAUUAUGGGCUUCUGUUCAGAAUGCAAGCUGGGACGAUGUGAUCAUGGACAAAGACAUGAAAGAGACACUGGUCAAUGACGUUGAAGGCUUCUUCGACUGCAGAGACGAAUACAGGGAGUUUGCGGUACCUUGGAAGAGGGGCAUCAUAUUCCAUGGCCUACCUGGAAAUGGCAAAACUAUUUCCAUCAAGGCUCUCAUGCAUGCUCUCUACAAGCGUCCAGACCCUGUUCCCACGCUCUACGUCAAAUCUCUUGCCGGAUGUCAUGGCCCUGAGUAUGCUAUCCGAGAAAUCUUCGUCAAAGCUAGACUGUCUAGCCCAUGUCUCUUAAUCUUCGAGGACCUCGACAGCUUGAUCACAGACAAGGUCAAGAGCUUCUUUCUCAAUGAAGUCGAUGGCUUGGAGUCAAAUGAGGGACUCAUGAUGCUUGGAAGCACCAACUAUCUCGAGAGGCUGGACGCGGGUAUCUCCAAGCGCCCAGGUCGAUUCGACCGCAAGUACCAUUUCGUCCUUCCUGCCUUACCUGAGAGGGUCAAAUACUGCGACUACUGGAGAUUUAAGCUUUCCAACAACACUACUGUCGACUUUCCACCCAAGCUCUCCGAAGCUAUUGCAGCGAUCACCGAAGGCUUCAGCUUCGCUUAUUUUAAGGAAAGUUUCAUUACUUCGCUUCUCAUGAUCGUCGGGUCUCACAAAGGGACGAGCAAAGCAAUCGAUGAACUACCGGAGGCUGGUGCAGAGAGUCACGAGCUUGAUCACCUCUUGUUCUGGCGAGUCAUGAGCCAGCAGGUCAAGAAUCUUCGCGCUGAGAUGGAAGAUGCGCGUAAGAGCGCCGAGGAUGCUUCUCAGAACAAUACUGCCACCAUUGGCCCUUACUUCCAUCUGAAGCUGGGUAUCGUCAACAUGGCAUUGCUUUGGGAGCUGCCAAACGAGAUGCUCGUCAUGAUUGUCAGGUUUCUGGUUGGUCGAAGAAUCAAUCACUUUGAUCCGGUUGCAACCAAGGAUUUGCAGAGCCUGAGACUUGUUUCCCAUAGGUUCAAAACUGUGGCUACUCCAUUCCUCUUCAAGAACUUUGUGCUUGACUUCAGCUCCUUCAAGCUUGUUGAUAUGAAAAGAAUUAUCACCUUUGCCAGAGAAAAACCCGAGCUUGCAAUACACGUUCAGCGUCUCCAGCUAAGGACGCCAGUCACGACCACUGCUUCCUGUGACCCCCGCUGGCACCCCAGCUCUCCUUGUGUUGCACAUCUACGUCACUUGUACGAGACUGAACUUUCGUCGGCAUUAGAAUUGAGAGUGCGAAACUCUGCCAGGAUCCACGAGCUGGUCAUAGCGCCUUUGGAGGCUCAAUGGGAGGAUGAGAUCCCCAAUUUUGACGCGAUCAGAAAGAUCAUGCGUGAGACUAUGGCGGUCUUGCCCAUGCUCUACCAUGUCGAAAACUCAGUCUCUACCCAUGGACCUGAGCGAACGGCAAUGGCUUACCAAAAGAUUUGGGAUGAGAUGGGCAUCGACCUGUCCGGAAACUUCCCUACUGUAACGGAUGAUCAAAGUGAUACUUUAGGACGAGGGGUCUCAUACCUCAUGACCUCCCUAACGAUCAGCAUCACCAGCUUGAAGCUCCGCGAGGUACCCUUCCAAAACUGGCUCUACCAUUGGCGCAUCCCAGACCAAGUCGUGCAUCUCGACAUCGAGCUCAGGAUCAGUCAAGAAAUUGGCACCCUCGAAGACCCAGUACAAACGUGCUUCGCCGUGCAAGAUUGGCGGGAACAGUUCACGGCCCUCAAGCGUCUCGAGACGCUGCGGCUCAGUCUCUCAUGCGAGGGUUUGUACCCCAACGAGGACGAGUGGUUCGAAAUGGGCGGACCCCAUUUGUACUUCGAUAACCUGCUCACCGGCACCGAGCUUAGCAAGGCCAUCUGUGAGCUCGAGCGUCGAAAACACAAGGGAAUCAGUGAGGCUGGCAUGAUCAAUGACUGCACCUUCCCACGACUCGAAUCGCUGUCCCUAAUUAACUGCCCCCUCCGCGAAGAAGGACUGCUCUGUUUCGCCGCGAUGCACCAGCAAACCCUCCGAAGUAUUGAACUACACAGGGUGGUCUUCGAUGCAACUCCGGGUCAAAUGCCGGUCAAAGAACUGGCGAAAAUUAGAAACUACCUUCCGAAUCUGACACACCUCGUUCUUUCGAAGAUAGACCUUUACGAUCCAGACAGGGGACAUUUCGAUCUGGAUCUGGAAAUGAGAGAAGAGAUUGCUUCGGUUUAUCGGUGGGACAAGGGGGACGGUGGUGGGGAUGACAGACUGGUUAGGUAUGCCUGGGAUCUUGGGAGGAUCGUGGAGGGGGAGUUGGGGCCGGGUUCGCGAGGGAUCUCAAGAGCAGUCUCAGGAGGAAUCCGGGGAUUGGGCUCGUAA